CUCGGAGACGCGACUCAAAGACAAGCAGACGCUUCCCUCGCGGUUCCCGAAGGAAGACCACGAGGACCCGUUUUGCGCGAGUGCUCACGGAGAAAGGCCGAGGCCGAGUGUUUCAGAGACACAGCGAGUGAAGUGAAAUCCAAGAAAAGUACGAGGGAGAGACUUAGGAGGAGGAUCGAGGAGAGGCGGCGCCAAGAUGUGGCGGGGCUGGGGCCUGACGCUGGCGCUGGCGCUGGUGCUGAGCGGCAGCGUGCGGGCCACUGACGACGAUGUCCUGGAGGAAAUCCAGCGGCAAAGAAUGCGCCAAGUGAAAGCCAUCCGAGAGAGGGAGGGCAAGUACGACCCAAUGACUUCGCGAGUGGCCCCUCCCACCUACCAGCCUGGAGAGGUCACUCCAGAGCACUCCAGAGAAAAACGCAGUCUAGACCCGAUGAACUCCCGUGUGGCGCCGCAGUGGUCCCAGCGCGACGGCCCUUACACCAUCACGGCCGAACGCCUGAACGAGAUCCGCGCCGAGCUCAUGUACCCCUAUUACGACAACGACGAGCACGGCGGCAACGGCGACCUCGAGGUCAACAUCAACACGCAGAACACGCAAGUCAACAAGCAGCUCACCUUCCUGCUGCCCUUCUUCGGCUUCGGACUCAACUAUACCUGGGUCUCGCUCAACGGCUACUUGGGCUUCUCCGACGCGCCGUUCAACUGGGAGCACUACCCGCUGUCGUUCCCGGUGCCGCAGUGGCCCGAGAAACCCGACCCGUCGUUCAUCGGUCCCUUCUACUCCAAGUGCAACAUCGGAGAGCUCAAGCCGGGCGACGACGACUCCAGGAGGCCGGGCGUCUACUGGAGACUGGAGCGUGACCUUCCUUCGCGGCUUGACCAAUUCGGUGUGGAGAUCCGCGAGCGCAUCAAGUGGGACGUGCGCGAGGGCAUCGUCGGCGCCGCCAUCUUCAACCCCAAGCACGUCAUCAUCGUCACGUGGAAGAACGUCACCUUCGCCGGCGGCUCCGUCAACACCAACGCCAAAUACGUCACGAACACCUUCCAACUCGUGGUGACGACGGACGAGAUCCGCACGUACGCUUUCUUCAACUACGAGUACAUGCGCUGGACUUCCCACACGGAGGCCGGAGGCUCCACUGACGACGGCCAGGGAGGAGUGCCUGCCUACGUGGGCUUCAACGCGGGCAACGGGACGCGCUCCUACGAGUACACGCCAUACAGCCAGAAGCUCUACAUCCGGGACCUGUCGACCGCCGGCAACGCGAACGGAAAACCCGGUCGACACAUCUUCAGGGUCGACGAGAAAAUCUUGGCAGGAUGUUGCAGGCGAGAAGAAGACCUGAUGGACUACCCGCUGACCUUCUCGCCCGAGCACGGCAACAUGAUGGGCGGCACGCUGGUCAACCUGACGGGGCCGUGCUUCCAGGUCACCCACCGCCUUAUUUGCCAGUUCGACACGACGGCCGUGGAGGGCAAGGUGCUCGACGGCAACAGGGCGACGUGCAUAAUGCCGCAGCUCUUCGUGUCUGGCUACGUCGACUUCUCGAUCUCCAUCAACUCUGGACCUUACUACUGGAAGGGAAAAUUCUUCGUCGAGACGCCCUUGACGGCCCCCGAGGGAGUGUGGUUCAAGGACGACAGCUACCAGCAGCACACGCCGACCGAUCUCAAGCUGGCGUGGCUGGCGGGCAACCUGACCAUGAACAGGGACGCGCAGGUCAUGAUUUCGCUCUGGGGCUACAGGGAGAUCUCCAUCUAUCCGGAAAUCAUCUACAUCGACAUGCUGGUUGACGGGACGCAGAACUCGGGAUCCUACAUACUGGUUCCCGGGGACUACGCGAACCGAGACAACUCGCAGUACCUAGAUCUUGAGAUGGGCCUCAUCAUGAUCAAUCUGACGACGCCGGAGCCAGCCUACGGCCUCGAAAUGUCCACGGUCGUGUGGUCCCGCCCCAUCCCUCUGGCUUGGUACUUCCGGCCCCAGUGGGAGAGAAUCUACGGCACGGGAUGGACGACCGCCAUGUGUGACCGCUGGAUCGAAAAUGACCGCAAUCUCAGGAACUUCGCCUACGAGGUGGAGCGCUGUCCGUGUCUGCUCAAGCAAGCUGUGGCCGACAAGGGGCGCUUCCUACCCGACUUCUCCUGUGACCGCGACGGAAACACCGAGUGCGACUACCACUUUGGCGCCAUUCACUGCGUCCGCACGGCGCUGCCCAACAAGGACGGCGCCGGCCAGCAGUGCUGCUACGACCGUGACGGCUACCUCAUGAUGACCGCGGACAAGAUGUGGGGUGGAAACCCCCACCGCGCCCACAACCUCGGGAAAUCGCCUUUCGACGAGGCGAACAAGGUGCCCACUUUGUCCCAUUGGUACCACGACGUGAUUCCGUUCUACACGUGCUGCAAAUGGCAGGGCGAGCAGUCUCCAGGCUGCGUCACCUACAGGUUUGAGCGGAGGGUGUCCCAGGACUGCGUGGGCUACCAGCCCCCGACAGCGGCUACGGUGUUCGGCGACCCCCACGUGUACACCUUCGACGACUUGCAGUACACAUUCAACGGGAAGGGCGAGUUCGUAAUGGUCCGCGUGGAUUCCGUCCGCCAUGUACUCGACAUCCAGGGCCGCUUUGAGCAGAUUCCUGUCAACUACCUCGGCGAGGCAAAGGCGUCCACUCUCACGGCUGUAGCAGCUCAAGAUAACGUGUCUUCCGUUGUGGAGGUUCGGCGGCGCCCUAUUGACGCCAUGUGGCGCUACCACCUGGACGUCAUCGUCGACGGAACGAGAGUGUAUUUCGAUCGUUAUUCGCAGAAGAUCCAGCAGUUUAAGGAGUGCGUCGUUUAUACCCCUAGCAACAUUCUCAACCAGAGUCACGUGAUCAUCAUGUUCGCCUCGGGAGCAGGAGUUGAAGUCAUGGAGAACCUGGGCUACUUGGGCACGCGGAUAUACUUACCCUUAUCGUUUGCAAAUAUAACGCGAGGCUUAUUUGGGAAUUGGACGUUCGACCCGCAAGAUGACCUGGUGCUGCCCGACGGCUCUUCGGGCCCGGUGGCAGACGCGAACAACAUAGAGCUCAUCCACAAGGACUUCGCUAUGAAAUGGGUGCUGGACGACAAGGAUAGUCCGGACGUUGGGAAAAGUUUGUUCUUCCACGAGAAUUCUCGCUCCAGUAACUACUAUUACGACCCAAACUUCAUACCAGAGUGGAAAACGACUCCUGAUCUGUCACCUAACGCGACGACCCCCAUAGAAGAUAUCAACCGCGUGUGCGGCGACUCGUACCAGUGCUACUUUGACUACGUAGUUUCGCUGAAGCGGGACUUCGCCGUUAUGACCAAGUAUUACCAGGACCAGUUCGUCAACAUCAAGGGCGACGGACUCCAAGAAGUGGUGUCGUGCGGCGCUCUCCCGACGCCCCCGCACGGACGCAAGUCCACCUUCAACUUCCUUAGCGGAGCAGAAGUCAAGUUCGACUGCGACCCGGGCUUCGUCCUGCUGGGCGAGCAGCGCCGCUGGUGCUACGCCUCGGGCGACUGGAACUGGCCCGAGGACGGCGAGGCGACCUGCGUCACCGAGGCAGAGUACCUGGCCAUGCAGGCGGGCGUGACAGCCGGGACGGUCCUUGCGGUUCUCCUGCCGGUGCUCAUCGCCAUGCUGUGCUACGCCUCCUACGUGCGCAACAAGCGGCGCGCGGACUUCCCCGACGCCCCCGUCAGGAGAGGCCACGAAAGCAGACGCAGCUUCAAUCAGUUCUUCCCGAAGUCCAAAAGAGACAGCUCGCCGGAGGCGCGUCCGGGCCGCACCGUGGACCUGAGGUCGGGAGAGGCCUCGCCUGGACUCAAGCACUCGGAUGACACGCAGGUCUAGGUGUGCAGCCUUCGGGAGCACCAAUGCCAGGUCUCCCGGUGCCGGUUGCAUCCAGCCCUCCAUCCCCUGGAACUGAUGCAGAAACUCGGCGACCGCCAACUGCAUGCUUGUCCUUGGAUGUUGGUCACCGGCGCCAUUUAAUUAGCUGUUACAGAUCGCAUGUUUGUCUUUUUGUGUUUCGGGUUAUCUAACACCCAUUCCCAACCUUCUGCCAGCGAGGGUCACCUCAGUGUUAGUUGUACGACAGAGAAGUUUCUAUCUAUUUAUGGCAGAAAUAUAUGACGAUUAUUUUCUCUGAUAAAAAAAAAAAUCAGAUAAUAUGCAUGUCCAAAUUCUAAGCCAUUUGGUAAUUGAGGUAGAUAUUUUAUAUAUUGUAAUUAGCUAUUUUUACAAAAUAGAUUGAUAACUUCUCAAAAUGUGUUGUUAUUAUAGUGAAUAGCAAAAUCUUUUAUACGGUUUUAGAGAAUAAAUGUUUCUUGUAUAUCGUUGACAUGUAAAUUGAUUGUUCUUGUAAUGUCUCAUAAUUAGUGUAACAUUUGCAUAGAGCUACUAAUACUAAAGUUUAAAAAAAUAAAAAAACUAAAAAUAACUUUCAGAUACGAAUAAAUUUUAUUUAGCAUUUUUAUAAGAUGUAUGUUGUGAGAUCAUGUGAUUUGUUUAUAGUAACACCCGAACAUAGUUUCUGAUUGUUAGUAAGGGAAAUAAGACAGACCGAACAAGAAAUAAACAGAAAAUAAAUUAACGGGAACUCUUUUUCAUCCAUCGAGCCUCGAGUUCGUUACCUGAACCGAAACAUAACGGGGCUUAAUUGUUUUAUCAUGCACUAUAGCUUCGUUCAUUCUUGUUAAUUAUAUUGCUAUAAAAAUCCCCCUCUUUUUAAAUAAAACUACAAUAUAAAAACUU